AUGCACAGCCUUGAUGAUAAAAAGAGGAUCGUACAAAGUGCUGCAAGUUUUAGAUAUUUCGCAUUCUCUUUAUUCUCAGAUAGAAUCCCAGCCAAAGGAGGUGCGGAGACAGUAAGAAAAUGCUUACUAGAAGGAAAUAAUACACAGCACAUUGUCUAUUUCAUCGAUCCUAUUGACUUUGGAAAUGGCACUCAAAUUGAGAUUAUCAAGGAAAUAGUCGUUCCCUUGGUUUCGAAAAGAGACUUUAAAAUUCUAAAAAGGGAGGAAUACCAACAUGACACAAAGUUCAUAUCAAAGUUAAUCAAAAAUAAAACCUUAAAUUAG